AUGAUGACGACGGCGACGACUAUGAUGCAGUAUCACUUUUCCCGACGCGGCCCGUGCCUUAAGACAAGUGGCUUCACCUCCCUCGCCACUCGGAUCGGCAACGCCUUCAUUGAGGUCAGUGAUGCCGACCCCGAGAAUGACUACCUGAACGACCUUGGCCGAUGGGUCCGCGGUGAACCGUCGGCCGCUGCACAAUAUCUGUCCCGACUCAUUCGGUCGGGUCUUGUUGCCUACACCAAUGAUCCCCCCCUGUACAUCCUAGCGGGCAAGUCCACGCGACAGUUCUCGGUGGAUGUCGACGCAUACUGGGCCUUUCUGGGCGCCUUGGAGAUGACGACGGUCGUCCCUUGGUACAACGAUGUCGACCUCGAUCGAGUCAGGGACUACUUCUUCUCUCAUCUGCUCAAGAGGCACCAAUGGUGUCUUAUCCUGACCCCCUAUGUGGCCGACAACGCAGGACCCAUGGAUCUCAGAUGGUCCCAGAAGUUCUCCGACAGAUUCUACUUGCCCCUGGGGGUCUUGUUCGACGUGCACUGGAAGCAAGGUCUUCCUCAUUUGCCAUGGGCAUCAGCUGAGAUGGAGGGCGGAUUGGACACCAUCCACUUGACAGCGGAAACGGGAUUGCCUUUCAGUUUUGUUCGGGUGACGAAGAGCGAGGCUGGCUUCUGGAGGCGCUUUGAGCAAGAGGAGUUCGAUCCCAAGGGGGGCGCCGUCAUCGUCACGCCAGUCACCAAGAUGGCCGAGGCCCCCAAUCUGUUCUUGCCCAUAGCUGAUCUGGGGAAAAGGCUCGAUAUUCCCGGCAUGCGGUGUAUUGAAAUUGAGCCUGCGGACCCGAGGACGCCCCAGGCCAGGGAGCAUCCUGGACGCGUGGGCAAGUUCAAAGGCGUCACUGAUCUCUGGGCCACACCGAGCGCGCUGGAGGAGGUGCAUUUCACAAAGUAUUCGCUGUACGCUAGAUUGGGUUGA